AAGGUUAGGUUAGUCAUUCGCCAGCGCCCCGAGAACGCUGCACGCCGGACCGAUUCUCCCACGCUGUUUGGCACGGAAAUAACAUUCAGAAACUCAAAUAACCGUGACAAAUAGUGUAGUGAUUACGAUAACGGAAUAACGUUCGUACCUUUGAUAGGAGACGCUUAAUCGAUCGAUAUACAGUGAGGAAGAAAUUAAAUAAAUUUAAUAGAAAGGGCCAGCAGACUCUGUUACUUCGGAAUUGGCGCGAGAUCGGCCAUCGGCUAAGGGAGGCGUUGACGUAAUAUGGGGUGUUAUGGGCAUCAGGGUUGUCCAACGUUAACGGUAUCACGAAAACGUUCGCAUAACUUGUAACGUGAAAUCUGAAGAGUGACGAGCGUCGUUCAAACUGCGAGCAUUUAUCGGUAAAAGGCGAUUUUUCUCACCGUUAUCGGCGUUCAAAAUUGCCCGCAAAAAUCGGGCGCGUUCCACGCCAAGAAGCAACGUUCGAAAAAUAAAAUAAUAAAAAGCCGCGCGUUAACCGAAGCGACGCCGUUGCACCAUGGAUUAUAGCUCGCGCGUUCGCAACACAGGAUAAACUAAAUUAAACUCAAUUUAACAACCGGGUGUUCAUCGCUUGGAUAUUUCCACCAUAACACGACGGUUACACUGCAGUGCCAAAAUAAUAGCAGCGGCAGCAGCAACGGCUCUACUAACAAGUGUCGACCCAGUUACACGCGCGAAAAUUACGCUCAUAUGUGUAAACACGUAUGAGUUUCGAGCACGGAAAUAAUUGAGUCGAGGCGAAGGCUCGUUCGGAACGAUCGCUCCCCUCGUUUAAUGUUCGUGCUCGCGUUCACCGGUCGCCAGCAUAGCGAGAAAUAAAUACGUCGAAUUUAUGUUAAUGCUACGUUACUGUGAUAUAAUAACUCCAUCGCGCGACCUUUAAUACAAACAAGCAAUCAUUAUCAUCCAUCGUAAUCGUCGUCGCACGCUAAUUCCAAACACUAUUACCCUUGCUCAACUUUGCCCGUCAUUUGUUCGCCCUAGUGAGCUUUGAAACUUUGGACUCCAUUGAUUGGCUGUUUACUCCGUUCGGACUCCAUUGAUUGGUCUGUUUACUCCGUUCGAUCGAUCGUCGUUUGUCCAAGUAUUUGAAACUUUCGCUGUUAUUAUUCGGAGUUCCUAGUCGGAAAUAUCACGGCAGUGUGAUUCCAAGUUCAGUUAUCGUUGUGGCCAUCGCUUUCGAUGAAAUUUCAUGCGGAUAUCAGAGUGAAUUGAAUCGAUAUCGAUUUGUGACUCGUGUGAAUUGCAUUUGUGGGGGGAAAAAAAGUGAACGAUCAUAUGUGUGUUCUCCCAAACCGGAUGAUAAAUGAAUUACUAUCGGUGUAGGGUUGAGUGAACUUUUAGUGGUAAAGUUUCUUGGUUCAACAAAUCUUCGCGGACACUGUGAACUGUGAAACACGGUUUUCCGCAGGUUGACAGUGCACAUAUUUAACGAAAUGAAAUAGCGACGUCGGUUUAUCCGAAAUAUGAGGACUAAAUUCUCUCGAGGAACGAGGGCCCCGAAAUCUCAACACAAUGAAUCUCAAAACAGUCUUCUUUCUGGUGCUUCUCCUUGCUGUGGGAUCAAGGUGCAUGUGCCAAAGCGGCUACACUGGACAAAACUGCGAGAACGAAUACAUCCCCUGCGAUCCGUCGCCCUGUUACAACGGUGGAACAUGCCGGCAAAUCGACCAACACAAUUACCAGUGCAACUGUCAAGAGGGAUUUCGCGGUGAGAAAUGCGAGGAGAACAUCGACGACUGUCCAGGUAACCUUUGUCAGAACGGAGCGACGUGCAUCGAUCGGGUGAACGAAUAUUCCUGUCAGUGUCCGCCAACUUUUACGGGGACUCAGUGCGAAAUCGACGUGGACGAAUGUUCGUUGAGACCGUCCGUCUGUCACAACGGAGCGACCUGCACAAAUUCGCCGGGAAGUUAUUCCUGCAUUUGCGUUAACGGCUGGACCGGAACCGACUGCAGCAUCAACAUCGACGAUUGCGCUGGCGCCGCAUGUUUCAACGGUGCAACCUGCAUAGACCGUGUGGGAAGCUUUUACUGUCAAUGCACCUACGGAAAAACCGGAUUAUUGUGUCACCUGGACGACGCGUGCACGUCGAAUCCUUGUCACCAGGGAGCGAUAUGCGACACGAGUCCCAUCAACGGAUCUUACACAUGCUCGUGCGCCAGCGGAUACAAAGGAUUGGAUUGUUCCGAGGACAUCGACGAGUGCGAACAAGGUUCUCCGUGCGAGCACGACGGUAUAUGCGUCAACACUCCAGGAUCGUUCGCCUGCAAUUGUACGCAGGGAUUCACGGGACCGAGGUGUGAAACGAACGUCAACGAAUGCGAAUCUCAUCCCUGUCAAAACGAUGGAUCCUGUCUCGACGACCCCGGAACAUUUCGCUGCGUCUGCAUGCCUGGAUUUACCGGAACCCAGUGCGAGAUCGAUAUCGACGAAUGCGCGGCGAAUCCAUGCUUGAAUAAUGGGAUCUGCAACGACCUGAUAAACUCGUUCAAGUGCAACUGCGCGGAUGGUUUUGCCGGUAGUCGAUGUCAAAUAAAUAUCGAUGACUGCGCUUCUUCUCCUUGUCGCAACGGUGGAAUUUGUCACGAUUCCAUAGCGAAAUAUACCUGCGAAUGUCCGCCAGGAUUCACCGGGGCUUCCUGUGAAACAAACAUCAACGAUUGCCAGUCGAAUCCCUGUCACAGUGGGACAUGCAUUGACGGUGAAAACUCAUUCAGCUGCAACUGCUUUCCGGGAUUCACUGGGAAUUUGUGCGAAAUUCAAAUCGACGAGUGCGAGAGCAGCCCUUGUCAAUUUGGAGGUCGUUGCGAAGACCGCAUCAACGGGUAUCAAUGCAUUUGUAGACCAGGCACGUCGGGAACUAAUUGCGAGGUCAACGUCAACGAGUGCUACAGCAAUCCGUGUAGAAACGAAGCACAGUGCAAGGAUGGUAUAAACAGGUACACCUGCGAAUGUAUUCCUGGUUUUACCGGACAGCACUGUGAAACGGACAUCAACGAAUGCGCCAGCAAUCCCUGUGCAAAUGGGGGUCGUUGUAUCGAUUUGAUCAACGGAUUCAGAUGCGAAUGUCCGCGUGGUUAUUACGACGCGAGAUGUCUUAGCGACGUUGACGAGUGCGCGAGCAAUCCUUGCAUCCACGGUGGGACCUGCGAGGACGGUGUCAAUCAAUUCAUCUGCCACUGUCUCCCUGGGUACGGAGGCAAGAGAUGCGAGGCGGACAUCGACGAAUGUGGAUCGAAUCCGUGCCAACACGGAGGAAUAUGCAACGAUCAUUUGAACGGCUAUAGCUGCCAGUGUCUCGCUGGAUACACCGGUACAAACUGUGAAACCAACGUCGACGAUUGCGCCAACAACCCCUGUCAGAAUGGUGGAUCUUGCAUCGACCUGGUUAAUGAUUACAAAUGCGUUUGCGAAUUGCCCCACACCGGAAGAAACUGCGAAGACAAACUCGAUCCAUGCUCUCCGAACAGAUGUCUUCACGGAGCAAAAUGCUCCCCUUCGUCGAAUUUCUUGGACUUUGCGUGCACCUGCACCGUGGGAUACACCGGCCGACUCUGCGACGAGGACGUGGACGAAUGCGUGAUAACGUCACCAUGCAGAAACGGCGCAACCUGCAGAAACACGAACGGAUCUUACCACUGCGUUUGUGCCAAGGGCUACGAGGGCAGGGAUUGCAUCAUCAACACCGACGAUUGCGCUUCUUACCCCUGCCAAAACGGAGGCACAUGUUUGGACGGGAUCGGCGAUUACACCUGCUUAUGCGUAGAUGGAUUCAACGGUAAACAUUGCGAAAUAGACAUUGACGAAUGUGUUUCGGCACCCUGUCAAAAUGGUGCAAUUUGUAAGGAGUACGUGAAUUCCUACACCUGUCAAUGCAAGCUGGGCUUCUCCGGUAUAAACUGCCAAACUAAUGACGAAGACUGUACGGACAGUAGUUGCAUGAACGGUGGCAAAUGUAUCGACGGUAUAAACAAUUAUACCUGUGUAUGUCAGCCAGGGUACACCGGCACCAAUUGCCAGUACAGAAUCAACGAAUGCGACAGUUCGCCCUGUCUGAAUGGAGCUACUUGUCAUGACCAUGUACAGUAUUACACCUGCCACUGUCCGUAUGGGUACACCGGAGAUCGAUGCGAUAAAUUUGUUGACUGGUGUGCCGAUAGCCCUUGUGAAAAUCAAGCAACAUGUGUUCAACGGAAAAACAAGUAUCACUGCAACUGUUCGCCCGGUUGGACUGGAAAGGUUUGCGACGUGGAAAUGGUUUCUUGCAAGGAUGCAGCGGUAAGAAAAGGGGUGCCGGAGAAGAAUCUUUGCAACAACGGAACCUGCGAGGAUAUUGGAAACAGUCAUCGAUGUCACUGUACAGAUGGUUACACAGGCUCAUAUUGCCAGGAGGAAAUCGACGAAUGCGAAUCGGCACCUUGCCAGAACGGUGCCACAUGCAAGGACCUUGUAGGUUCAUAUCAGUGUCGUUGCAAAGCAGGCUUUCAAGGACAGAACUGCGAGCUUAAUGUCGACGAUUGUGAUCCGAACCCCUGCCAGAACGGGGGAACCUGCCAUGAUUUGAUCAACAACUUUAGCUGCUCGUGCCCUCCCGGAACUUUAGGAAUCCUCUGCGAAAUCAACGUCGAUGAUUGCGUCAUCGGUGCGUGUCACAACAAUGGUACAUGCACUGACAAGGUCGGAGGUUUCGAGUGCCGCUGUCCGCCUGGCUUUGUCGGACCUAGAUGCGAAGGCGACAUCAACGAAUGCCUAUCGAAUCCAUGCGCUAGUACGGGAACCCAAGACUGCGUCCAGUUGGUGAACAAUUACCACUGUAAUUGUAAACCGGGAUACAUGGGACGACAUUGCGAGGUCAAAGUCAACUUCUGCGAUAGUUCGCCGUGCCAAAACGGAGGUGUGUGCACCGCCAGACAAGCGGGUCACAGUUGCCUCUGUACGGUUGGUUAUUUCGGCAAAAAUUGCGAAUUUUCUGGAUCAUACUGCGAUUCCGAACCAUGCCUAAAUGGUGGGAGUUGUAGAAUCGCUGAAAGCGAUAUAGGAUAUAGAUGCCACUGCCCCCCUGGUACGACAGGAACUCAUUGCGAGAUCGACACGAAAGACGAGUGUGCGAGUAAUCCGUGUCAACAACGUGAAGCGAUAUGCGAAAAUUUGAUGGGUGAUUAUGCGUGCUAUUGUCCGCCGAAAUGGACCGGGAAGAACUGCGAAAUCUAUGAUCCGAGUUAUAGAGGUGGACUUUUUGGAAGACAAAACUCUAAUGGCAUAUUGAAAACCCUUUCACCGUAUGACCUCGACCUAGAACGCGAGAGGAAGAAGUGCAUCGACAAUCGCUGUGACGAAAAGUCCGGCAACCACCACUGCGAUGAGGAAUGCAACAGAUACGCUUGUAACUUCGACGGCAAUGACUGCUCCUUGGGUAUUAAUCCAUGGAGAAACUGUACUGCCCCAAUCAACUGCUGGGAUGUAUUCAUGAACGGAGUAUGCGACGAAGUUUGUAAUAACGCUCAAUGUCUUUUCGACGGCAGAGAUUGUGAAAAGAAGCUCGAACCUUGCAAUCCGAUCUACGAUGCUUACUGCCGUAAACAUUAUGCCAAUGGCCACUGCGAUUACGGUUGCAAUAACGAGGAGUGUAACUGGGAUGGACUUGACUGCGAGGGUGAGCCCCCGUCAUUAGCCGAGGGUGUGAUAUCCGUGGUAGUACUAAUGGACAUGCAGACCUUCCGAUCAAACAUCGUCGCCUUCUUACGAGACAUGGGACAUCAGCUGAGAACUACGCUUCGCGUAAAACAAGAUGAGCUUGGAAAUGACAUGAUAUAUCCUUGGAAAAGAGAUCGUGGUGAGCCAGGAUUACAAACUAACAUCUUUGGACGGCCUACGGCGAUCUACACGGAUAAUCAAAGCGGAGUUAUCGCCUAUCUUGAAAUCGACAACCGGAAGUGCACCGUCAUGUCUGGUGCUGUAUGCUUCCCCUCGGCUACUGAGGCAGCCGAAUACCUAGCAGCUACCGCAUCUAAACAUUCCUUGUCGAGGAACUUCCCCAUUGAACAGGUCCGCGGAGUCGUGGGGCCACAAGAACCCGCGUACGCGGAUACGCCCACAAAUUUCAAGUACGUAUUCAUCGGGAUCGUACUAGUGCUUCUCGCGGGUCUUCUGGUCGGUGUACUAGUCACUGCCCAGCGAAAACGGGCCGUCGGAGUUACGUGGUUCCCCGAAGGCUUUCUGAGAACCAACAGCGGUAGCGGACAAAGGCGCAGAUCCAGAAGACGUUGUCCCGAUGGACAGGAAAUGCGAAAUCUCAAUAAGCAACCAUCAGUUAAUUGCAUGGACCUCGACAUCGGAAACGGGCGUGCUCAGCAGUGGUCCGACGACGAGUCUGACUUGCCACCCUCUAAACGCAUGCGAGCCAUCGAACCAGGCUACGCUAGCGACCAUACGGCUAUCACCGAUUAUGAGGAAACCGAGCCAAGGAUGUGGACCCAGCAGCAUUUGGACGCUGCAGAAAUCAGGUCCAGACCCGAAGCUGGGGUUCUCACGCCGCCCAGCCUGGAACAUGGACAGGAUGUAGACGCCAGAGGACCCUGUGGGAUGACACCAUUAAUGGUUGCUGCGGUGCGCGGGGGUGGGUUGGACACUGGCGAAGAAGAAGAUGAAAACGAAGGGACAGCUGCGGUCAUAGCUGAUUUAGUUGCUCAAGGUGCUGACCUCAAUGCGACUACAGACAAGAGCGGGGAAACGUCUCUGCAUCUUGCAGCAAGAUACGCAAGAGCCGAUGCAGCAAAGCGAUUACUCGAUGCUGGAGCAGAAGCAAAUUCGCAGGAUAACACCGGUAGAACUCCGUUACACUCUGCGGUCGCGGCCGAUGCCAUGGGUGUAUUUCAAAUCCUCCUUCGGAACCGAGCUACGAAUUUGAAUGCUCGUAUGCACGAUGGAACGACUCCCUUAAUUCUGGCGGCUCGUCUCGCCACUGAAGGAAUGGUAGAAGAUCUUAUUAACGCUGACGCUGACAUAAACGCAGCAGAUAAUAGCGGAAAGACUGCACUCCAUUGGGCAGCCGCUGUUAAUAAUGUGGAUGCAGUUAACAUACUUCUCGUACACGGGGCGAACAGAGACGCCCAGGAUGACAAGGACGAGACCCCGCUUUUCCUCGCUGCCAGGGAGGGCAGCUUUGAAGCCUGCAAGGCAUUGCUCGACACAUUCGCGAAUCGGGAAAUUACCGAUCACAUGGACAGACUUCCUCGCGACGUUGCGAGUGAAAGAUUGCACCACGAUAUCGUCAGGCUACUUGACGAGCACGUUCCAAGAUCACCGCAGAUGGUGUCCGUCAUACCAAACGGCCCCCUCAUGGGUACGUACAGAGGGUCUCCGAACCAUCCGCAACUCAUCACACAUCCAACAGUCAUCGGAUCUGCGCCAAAGCAAUCAAAAUCGAAGAAGAGAACGAAGGCUGGAGCAGCGGGAAACCCGAACAGUCCAGAAUCAGAAGGAGCUGUUGCGGUCAGGCGAAAACCUUCGGUCAAGAAGCCAACGGCAAAACGUGGUGCGCAGCCCCCAAACCAGGAAAUCCCUCAGGGGGCGGAGGGAGCCGAGGGAAAUUUACCCAGCCCUUAUGACAGCGCUAGCCUGUACAGCAAUGCAUUACCACUGGUCGGCCACACGCAAACAGGGAAACAGCCGCCUUCCUACGAGGAUUGCAUCAAAGGUCAAUCAAUGCAAGGGCUACAGCAACUUGGACUGGACACUUUCACUGCCAACUAUGGGCUUCCCCCUAAUUUUCACGAUCAGUUACUAGCCCCGCAUCAGCGGCAAGCUCAGGGUAUGGUGAACACUCUUUCGCCUCCGUACAGUAAUCAAUCUCCGCCGCACUCCGUGCAAUCAAACAUGACCCUGUCACCUCAAGCGAGCUACAUGGGCUCCCCGUCCCCAGCUAAGAGCAGGCCCUCGCUUCCUACUUCACCUACUCAUAUCGCUGCCAUGCGACAAGCGACUCAUCAAAAGCAUGGCGGUAUGCCGCCGGUUGGAUUUGACUUUGAAAAUAUCCCCUAUUCCACUGGACAACAACAGAUGCAGCAGACGCAACAGCAAAUUCAACAGCAACAACAGCAGCAACAGCAACAGCAGCAGCAACAACAGCAGCAACAGCAGCAACAGCAACAGCAGAGUGCGCAGCAACAACAGCAGCAACAGCAACAACAGACCCAGCAAUAUUAUCAGUACUUGACGCCACCAUCGCACCACUCUGGACCAGACGUGACGCCGCAACAUUUGAUGCAAGCUCCAGAAAGCUUUCCUACCCCCUCUCCGGAAAGCCCUGGACACUGGUCGUCCAGCUCACCGCAUUCAAACAGCGAUUGGUCUGAGUGCAUGGCCUCCCCUAAUGCGUACGCCACCGGUGGAGCGCAACACCAAAAUAAGGGGUCCGAAGCUAUUUACAUAUGAGAAGAAUAUCCUUAGGUGCAACCGUUAUUUUAGAAGUGCGCGCAAUCCCCCAAGUGAAAACGCUGUUGAAACCAGUGACUAGAGUGAUCUGUGGAAUUGUAUGGCUAUCUUUUUGCAUACCUGACAAAAAAAAAUAGCACUGUGAUUAGCGUUAAGUAAGUUUAGCAGCAGCACUCGAAACACAAAUUUUGGGACUGCUGUGUGAAACAAAAUAUACGUAUCUGUAUAAGUAUAACACAGAUACUGUGAAGGUUAUUGAAAGAUAUUAAUCAUGAUUUGGAGGGUAAGCACGACCAUGACUAUAUAUAAGCAGAGUAGAGACUUAAAACAUACUAUGCUACUACGUACUCACACCCAUUGUGCCUCUCUAUACACUAACUAAACGAUUGACAUGAAAAUGGUUCAUAGCUAUUAUAUUUUUUAUAACGAUCACAUUAUUGUAUUUCAAAGUUCAGCUCAAUAUAAUGGUGCCUUCGACUUGCCAGAGUGAAGACCAGACAGACAAUAAUUAGGGAACACAACCUUGCUAUUACAAUAGUAUUGUAAAUAAACAAUGAGAGACCAUUUAUACUAAUAAUCAAUUCCGGUAAUUUAGUAUAAUAUAUAUAUUUUAUUUAAUAUCCAUACAAGUUGAGGGCACAGUUGCGGGUAGCAGAUUGAUAAUCUAAAAAAAAUAUGGGCUAUUCGUAUCGUACGCGAAAUUUUAUACUUUGUGUCUAAUCGUCUAGAACAUUGGACGUUUAGUGUCUUGGUUGACAGCGAUCGCCCCAUUAUUAGUAAAAUAUCAGAAUUGUGCCUUUGAUACUGUAGUUAACAAACGUAGAUAAAUUACUAAAUUAUGCAUUUGAGAAAAUGCAGUUUCCAAAUGGCCUUUAUGAUUAAUAAUUAAUAAGUAAUAUCAAUUAUUGUAAGAUACGCAAAUGAGGUAAUUGUGCAGAUAGCCGAUCGCCAGAGAAACGAUUACUGCCUUCUAACAUAAUAUUCCAUACAAACAUUCCACAUCGUUUUCUGUUGUUGCCUUUCUUCUUCAUUACUUUUUUUUUUCUAUCCUUCAUGCUUUGUCUUCCAAAUGCUUGUGUAUUGAUGAAUGUGCAUCUUGAAUAAUUAUUUAGUGAUAAUAUCUCGUGUGUCUAAGCUCAUGUUUGACGACAGUAAUUGAAUUCUCUGAUUUUUGACUACCAAAGCCAGCCGAGUUUAUGUAGCAUAUUGGUGAUAAGAUCAAGCAGCAUACAUAAUGAGUAUAUCAGAAAAUUGUUGCAACAAAAUAGAUCUAUUCAAUUAUGGGUUUGGAGGAAACCAUAAUUUAUUUGCUGAGUAUAUUCUAUAAAAAUACAUGAAAACUGUUGGAGAAGAAUCUGGUAAAAAUUACUCAGAAUAAGUUUACAUUGUCAAAAAUUGUAAAUAUUCUUUUAUCUUAUUUACUUAUAUUCUAUAAAAAUAUCUUUAUAAUUAGCUUUUCUCUCGAUUUUGUACAAACUGUUUUUACAUAUUUUUAUGAUUCAUAAGUUAGCUAGUAUCUCAUUACUAUUGUUACUUUUGUAAGAUGGUCCACAUACGAUAAUCAACUUAGUUUACAUCUUUAUUAUUCAUAAUUUUUCACGCAUUUUGUAAUUUGAUAUUGCAUCUGGUAUAGUUGCAACUAUUCAAAAUGCAAUAUUUGAUUACACAAUGGUGCUACUAGAAUCCUCCAUUCCAACCAAUCAAGUCUAAGUGAAAGCAAUUCAUUAAAUACGCCGUAUGUCACACACGCUUCAGAUCGUGGUACUUGUAGCAAAAUUACAAUGCGAUCGAAUUAGUGAACCCAACAUUAUUACCCGUCGUGUUGGGAUUCUCAAAUCGAUUAUCUAUUCCUGUCUAGUAGCAUUUAAGAAUGCCUGUAGGGUGCAUAACUCCUUGUGAUUUAUACAAAAAUUUAUACUAAUGGCCACGUUGCAUAAUUAUUGUUCGUUUACGCCGAUUAAGAGAUCUAUCUUCGAUUAAUAACGACCAGUAUCAAUUGAGUUUCUUAGAUCGUUUCGUACAUUUCAACCAUACCACGAUUACCUGUGGGACAUAUUACGUGUGACAAGGAAAGGCAGAGAAGGUGUCACUUGUUAGGCUAGCAAACCAGAACAAAAUCAAUUAAUGAACAAUUGACUUAUAGAUUAGUUUAUUUCAGUAUGAAAUAUGUAAUUCUGACUUUGCCAAACUAUUCAUACAAUAAGUGCAGGCUACAGAAAAAAGUAAUAAUCGAAAUUGAUCAAUACGUACAAUAUAUUUACGUAACUGAUCUUGUUGGACCAAUGAAAUGUGUUCAAAAUUAAAUGCCAGCUGUUCUACUUGACGCACCAUAACUCUGUGUUAAAAUAUUAGAAUAAAUAUACUAAAUAUAGUCCGCAAAUAACUAUAUAUAAGUUACAAUCCUCCCAUAAUUAUUAUAAUAGAAUUUGUUAUACCUUGUAACUUGUAAAAAGUACUGAGUUUUAUUAGUAUUAACUACUAUAUAAGUAAACUAAGAUAUUUUUGAACCUAUUA